GCCUCGAGAUGAGAAGGGAAGAGAGCGAUGGUGGCCUGCGGUGGGAGGCUGUCCAAGGGCUGUCCUCGGCUAACCUGAGUGAUCGUGCCAGUUAGUGGUCAUUGGAACUGGAUCCAUGCGCAUCUCUAUCUGGAAUCAAGCUCGGCUAGCCUUGGGUGGUUUUUGUCGUUUUUUGCAAUCAUGGAGGACGACUGUGUGUGUGAGUACGACUCGACGUGGGAGACGGAGAGUGAUGGAGAGGAGCCGGCCGGAGAUGGCCAACCUCGUCGGUCCAGGAAUCUAGUCUCGCGGCAUCACCCGCCCAGAAACAUGAGGGCAGCAAAGGACAUGCAGAACUACAGAAGAGGAUACCCCAACCUUGCAGAUGAUGAGUGCUCUGAAGACAAAAUGAACAACUUGCAGUUCUACCUCAAUAAAUUUCCGUCUGCGCCUGAUGAGGUCUACAUUGAAUCCUUCCUCAAAGAAUGGAAAAAUGACUACAAAAGGCUGGAGAGAGUCCAUUCGUACAUUCAAUGGCUCUUCCCUCUCCGUGAACCAGGGGUCAACUACAUGGCUUCUGAACUCACUAAGAAGGAGAUUGAGGCCUUUAAGAGAAACGAGGAUGCCAAAAGGAGACUAGUGGAGUCCUAUGAACUCAUGUUGGGCUUCUAUGGCAUCCGCUUGGUGAACAAAGAAAUUGGUGAGGUGGCUCGAGCAGAGAAUUGGAAAGAGCGCUUUGGCAACCUUGAGCGGAACAUGCACAACAAUCUGCGCAUCACACGCAUCCUGAAGAGCCUGGGGGAGCUGGGCUUCGAGCACUAUCAGGCCCCGCUCGUGCACUUCUUCCUUGAAGAGACUUUGGUCAAGAAGAACCUCAGCAGUGUUAAACGAAGCGUACUUGACUAUUUUCUAUUUGCUGUCCUGGAUAAACAAAAGCGCCAAGAGCUGGUGCGUUUUGCCUAUCUUCACUUUGAGCCAAAGGAUAAAUUUGUGUGGUGUCCCAGAAAGAUCCAGAAGCAAUUCAGGAAGGCAGAGAAACGAUCUGAACCUGUCGGAAACGGAGACGGUAAGGAUGACGUCUACUCAAGGGCUAAAAGCAAAGAAGGAGAAAAAGGGGUUCACCUCAGAGAGGACGAACUGGAUAAUGCUGGCAUGGUGCAGAACCAAACUGAAACAACUAGAGAAAAAACCAAACCGCCCGAGAUGUCCCCUCACCCCAAAGAGGAUCAAAUGACAGUUGGAAAUGGAAAUUCCCAGUCCAAUAACAGCAGUUUCGGGAACAGCAAUGACUUAAUUGACGACAUCGAUGAGAUGGAUCAGUCCCCGACUCCUGUCACCCUGACCGUCAAAACCGAGCCUGAUGCCGACAUCAAGUUCAAACUUCCAAACAGCUCACAGGACGCCAUUCAGGAACCAGACAGUGUUAUGCAAACAGACGAAGGCAUGAACACAGAGAAGCCCCCGAAGAAGAAGCGAGAAGAUAACUCGGCCAACCAGAGCAAUGGCUCCCCUGCGGACGGUAGUCCCGGCCAGGCGGAGGGGAAGGCUGGUGGUGGCGACACACCACCAGGCCAAAUAAUCUCGCCUGCUCAAACACCCCUUAAGACUUCAAAACACUCGCCCUGCCUGUCAUCAGGGAGGGAAGAAAAGAUCCCAAGGACUGAUUUUACUCAAGUGCCAGACAACGAGGGAAAAGCCUUGCAUGCAAACAGGGGCACCCAUAAAGCUAAGGACGAACUAACAACUGAGAAGAAGGUGGAGGAUGUCGACAUGGAGUCAAACCCUUCUAGUUUAGACCUGAAUGUGGGUAAUACAUGAGUACUUCUUACAACUGAAGGCCCAAAUUUCAGUCGAAUUGAUCAUCCGUAAGGAGCCAGUGGAAUGUUCAGUGUUUAGCAAAAACGUUAUGACCACAGUCACUGUACACGUAGAAUCUGGGAGACUUUUCGCGUCUUAUACGGACCAUCAAUCCAUUUAGAGACCCGGAAGUCCUGAAAAAGUUGCAUUGCUGUGCUAUAAACUUGAGGCUGUGUUCACAUUUCCCAUUAUAACGGUGCUAUGUAAAAAUAUAUGUUAGCUUUUUGUGACGUCUCAGAUGGUAAAAAUAGCAAAAGUAUGAAAUAAUGUGCAGUCAACGUUUUGGUUUACAACUUAGUGUAAAUCCUUUUUUUUACUGCACACAGUUUUUUUACGUGGGGGCAAAUACCUGCGUGAACACUACGUGAAGUGGUACAAAUUUGUGCAUCGUGUGUUCGACCCCCCACCCCCCACCCCAGCUCCAUCCCCCAAAGUGGUCUGGACAAGCGGGACUACAAGUGUGAACACAGCCUAUGAGAGGAAAGGGGAUCCAAGUGCUGAAAACUGCAUUUAAAUUACAAUUCAUGCCAUGACUGAGAUUGUCAUAGUUUAUAUUUGGCAGGCAUAUGCUCUGAAAUCAUGCCAGGUUGUUAGCCAGUUAAUUGUGCAUUUUUUUUUAUUGUCAUAAAUAGUGGCACAGCUGUAGAGCAUUGGCCUUACAGUUCUGAGGUCCCGGGUUCAAUCCUGGACUCACCUGUGUGGGGUUUGCAUGUUAAAAUGGAUGGAUGGAUAUUAUAAAUGACUUUCCCUAAUAUUGGACUGAUGCUUUUAAAAAAAAAUAAUAAGUAUACCUUCCCAAAAAAAGAAACAACUGCAUUUGAAAAUAUGAUAACACUAUCAGAUGCACUAUACGGUAUUGCCAAAUGUAUUUGCUCACCUGCCUUGACGCAGAUGUGAAUUUCAGUGCAGCCAGUUCUCAAUGCAUCGGGUUCAUUAUGACAUUGGUCUACUCCCUGCAGUUAUAACAUCUUAAACUCUUCCGGAAAGGUUUUCCACGAGGUUUAGGAGUGCGUUGAUGGAAAUUUAUGACCCGUUUUCCAGCAGUGCGUUUUUGAAGUUACACAGCAUUGUUGGACGAGAAGGCCUGGCUCUUCAGUUUGGGUUCUUAUUCAUCCAAAACGUGUUCUGUAGGGUUGAAGUCGGGAUUGUGCUGACCAGUCAUGUUCAUCCACAUCAAAUUCUUUUAUCCAUGUUUUCAUGAGCCUUGACCUGUGCACUUAUUCACAAUCAUGUAGGAACAGGAAGAGACCCUGUUCAAAUUCUAACCACAAAGUUUGAAAUGUCCAAAACAUUUGCCCCUGAGUUUCAGUAAUUGGAAAUAUGUAUUCUGCAGGAUACAAAGACAUUUUGGACAUUCAAACACUUUGGGAAUGACCACUUCCUGUUCCAACAUGCCUGUGCACCAGUGCUCAAAGCGAGGUCUCUAAAGACACGGAUAAAGAAUUUGACUGGCGUGCGCUCAAAUCCAUAGAACACCUUUGGGUUGAUUUUGAGUCAGCCAUCCAACAUCACUGUGACCUCGCAAAUAUGCUCCUGUGACAAUAGGCAAAAUUUCCCAUCAAAUCACUUCUCAACCUUGUUCAAAGCCUCUCCACACAAGAGUUAAAUCUCGUGUAGCCGCAAAGAGUUAGCCCAACAUCCUUUUAAACCAAAUGAAUUUAGAAUGGUGUAUCACUUUAAAUCUGCGGCACGGUGGAACAUCUGUUUAGAGCGUUGGCCUAUCAAUUCUGAGGACUCGGGUUCAAAUCCCGACCGCACCUGUGUGGAGUUUGCACGUUCUCCCCGUGCCUGCGUGGUUUUUGUCCAGGGACUCCGGUUUCCUGCCACAUCCCCAAAUCCCGUGCAUUAAUCGGAGACUCUAAAUUGCCCCUAGGGGUGAUUUGGAGUGCGGGUUUUUGUCUCUAUGUGCCCUGCAGUUGGCUGGCAACUAAUCUAGGGUCUACCCCGCCUCCUGCCCGAUGAUAGCUGGGAUAGGCUCCGUCACUCCCGCGACCCUUGUGAGGAUAAGCGGCUGAGAAAAUGGAUGGAUCGAUGUCACUUAAAGUCAUGGGCAUGUGAGUAAAACACUUGGCAACGUAGUGCACAUAAUUUUUAUACCGUGGUUGUGGUGUGACAUGCGGUGAAACGGCCCGGCAUCAUUUUGAGAGGCGUCUCCGAUGUUACGUCGACCUUAUUUUGGUACUUGAGAGCAGCCAGCUGCAGUGAAACCUCAGUUUACGAGCGCUGCUGUUCACAAACACAUCUGUUGAGGGACUUUUUCUUUCUUGGGUGGUUUCAGUUCGUGAACAUUCACCGCAUCCAGAAACAACUCUGAGCUUUCUAUGCCACUGGAAACCAUAACAACAAACCCAACUGGCAAAGGUAUAUUCUUAAAUGUUUUUUUUUUUUUUAAUUCUCUGUCAAAGAUGAGCAUCGUGAUCUUUGUAAAGGUAGAAUGCUGAAGUAUUUCUUAUUGGAUCCCACUGAAUUUGUGUGUAUCUGAUGUGGUUAAGCGAACGACCGACCGUGUAACAAAAUCGGAGCAAUUUAAAAACUGUGAAUUUAUCUCGAGCGUAAAAUGUAUGAUAGUGACAACAUUAAAAUGAUGUUCCUCGAUUUAAUUCCUUUCCAGAAUAUAUACAGUACUAAUAAUUUAAGUGAACUAAAUACUGUUCUUUACACCUUUUUGUUUUAUUAUUAUCAUGUUAUCCUUCUAUAAGAGGUUUUUGCACUGAAGAAUUGCAAAAUUUGUGUUUCCCUUCGCGGGCUUUUGUGUUCACGCUCAACCUACACAUUCUUCGAUUGUCACAGCGUUCAACAAUUUUGUGUGCUUUCACACUUGUGGGAAUUUGACUCGGACAACAGAAAAAGCCUUGCCAAAAAUGUGAUAAGACUGCUUGAUUGUAUUAAAAAAUAUAUAUAUUUGUCUUUGCAUCACAAUUUGUAAAGCUUAGCUCAAAUCUGUAUUUUAAUUACUGAUAUUUUGGAAUCCGUUUGCCGGGGUUCUUCUCCCCCAACCCCUUCCCUCAAAACUUGCACUCAAUUCUAUGAUUUUUAAAAUGGUAUCGAAAUACAAUUUAAGUUCUUUCUAUGUGGUUUCUUCCUCCAACUGAAAACCUGGUUGUUUAAGAGCAGAAUAAAAAUAUUUUCUGACACAUCAAUCAGAACUGGACUGGGUCUUUGGCUAAGGUCCUGUGGGAACACUUUUUUUUUUUUUUUUUACUCGGGCCUAAAGAUCAAAUUUAAUGAGCUUUCUGUUCCAGUAUCCUCCUCAACGUCAAUAUGAAAGUAACUAUUUGUUGUUUUAAUUUUCUUUAACGUGUAUCACAUGUCCUCUUUGCUCUGGACUCACUCAAAACUAAAAGAAGUUGGGGACAAUUUUCCACAUUUAUGCCAGCACGGGAAGAGAUUUGGUUUCAGGGCCGUCAUUGAUCCGUUUCAAGUAUGGACUUUUAGCUUCAAGUGCUUUCACGAAAAUAUGGCACGCCAUUUAGAAAAUAAGCAGGGUUCGGCCUUAUGCAGGGCACAGAAUGGGCACGGCACGGUGGAACAACUAUUUAGAGCGUUGGCCUAUCAAUUCUGAGGCCAACUGAGCAAGAACUAUUCAGGUAGUGGUUAGCGUAAAGAAACUAAUUACCGACCUAGCCGCAAUGUAAUUGGGCGGCUUCUUUAACCGAUCAGAUCUCAAAUUCGUCCUCACAAGACCUGCAGGCUGACCCUCAACAGUAUCUGGAUAUUUCUGUCCUGGUUGGUUGGUCCCAGGAAGAGUUCCAAAAAUCAAACAUACCUGGAAGCCUCUUGAAUACAUCUUAUCCAUUUAGAACCAAAACUGGAACCAUCUGUAUUGAGGUGACAUUUUCGGACACCGUUGGCCAUUAAUUACACGUUGAGAAGGAGCAGAAACUGGAGAGAAGUUCGUCCGUCCAAUUUCUUUUGCCGCUUAUCCUCACUAGGGUCGCGGGGUGUGCGGGAGCCGAUCCCAGCUGUCAACGGGCAGGAGGCUGGGUACACCCUGAACUGGUUGCCAGCCAAUCGCAGGGCACAUGGAGACAAACAGACGCACUCACAAUCACACCUACGGGCAAUUUAAUGUCCAAUUAAUGUUGCAU